AUGACAAUUAAAUCUGAAUCCGUAUGGAAUUAUGUUGAACCACCAUCAAUUGAUGGUCUUAUAAAAGUGACUGGUUAUUUUCUUAGUUAUUUUAUAUGUCUAUUUCUUGCAUCAAGAUUUUUACCAAGUAUUACUGCUAAAAGUCCAAAGAAAACAUAUCAAUUAACUGGUCUUCUUCUAUAUUUAAUAUUAACAGUUUUAAUUCCCAUUGGUUAUUAUACAAAUAAUCUAUCAUUACUUUUUAUCAUCAGAAAUUAUAUAUCAUUUUUUAUCGUAAUAAAUAUUUUUGCAAUUUUAUUUAGCUUAUAUCUUUUUAAAAGAUCAGAAGCUGUACGAACUGCUCCAAAUGCAAAUCGUCCAAUUGAUUAUUGGCAUGGUCGUGAAAAAGAUCCGAUGUUAUUUGGUGUUGAUUUAAAAGUUUUUUUCUAUCAACCAAGUCUUUUAGGAUUAGCAUUAGUUAAUUUAAGUUUAGCUGAAGCUCAAUUAACUUUAUAUGGUGCAUUUACACCAGGAAUGAUUUGUUAUCAAGUUUUUUGGUAUCUCUAUUUAUUAACACAUUAUAUUCGGGAAGAUUUCAUGUUAUGGACAUUUGAUAUUAUUGAAGAUCAUUUUGGCUUUAUGCUUGUUUGGGGUGAUCUUAUUUAUGUACCAUUUCUUUAUAGUAUUGCUGGAUGGUUUGUUGCUGAUAAUGUUCAACAACCUUUAUCAAUGACUUGGAUGGCUUGCACAUUAAUUCUUCAUUUUACUGGUCAUUAUAUAUUUCGUGAAUCAAAUUGGCAAAAAUUUGAUGUAAGAAAAUAUGGUUCCGAUGUUAAAAUUUGGGGAAAAAAAGUUCAACUUCUUGAAGGGCGUCUUCUCUUAUCAGGUUUUUGGGGUAUUGGUAGACAUUUAAAUUACACCGGUGAAAUUCUUUUAUAUUUAUCAAUUGCAUUAUGUUCUGGUACAAUAUCAUAUGUUCCGUACAUAUUACCUUUUUCACUUUUUAUUCUUUUAUCACAACGUGCCAGCCGUGAUGAUCAACGUUGUCGAAAGAAAUAUGGUGAUAAAACAUGGAAUCGUUAUUGUCAACAUGCAAAAUUUCGUAUGAUUCCAUUUAUUUAUUAA